CUCUGCCACCGCCACCUGCCCUUUCAAUCUCCACCUCUUUUCAUAAACCCCCCACUGAAAGCCCAGGCCUGAAGAGAAAAUCCUCAAGCAGUCAUUCACACACGCAUGCCUUCAACAAGGACAAGGUCACGAGGUCGGAGUCUCAGACAUCCUUCAAGCAGACAUGGAAACGCUCCGCCCAUUUUGCGCCCCAGCCGCGCUGUGAUUGGACGAGCGAGUCCUGUGUUCUGCAACAGCUGCGAGCCGCUCAGACGCUGCUGGAGACCGACGCGAACGCUUCACUCUGUGGAUUAACGCUUUGUCUGUCCUAUAUAUGAGCGAGGAGUGCGGAAUCACCGGGACGGGCUACUUGCUUCGACAGUAGCAUCAAAAGGAGUCGGGAAGUUUUCAGGUGUCGUGGAGACGUGUUCGCGCCAUGCAGGAGGCUGUAGACACCGCUGAGCCCGCUUUAGCUCUCCCCAUGGAAACCGGAGAGUUCCCCGAGCAGCGGAUGGGGCUCCCCGACAAGAUCCCGCUAGUGAAGCCCUACUUUAAAAAGAAACACGCGCAGAGAAAACUGGGUGCCAAAUGCCUGCACGCGUUAGAGGACCCUAUUUUAAGCACGUUAUUGAACUCGGACGCCCUGGUGUCGGGUGACGGGGUGUUCGUUCCGCGUAACCCGUCUCGACCUCAGAGGACUAUAUGCACCGCUGUCGUGGAGAAGCAGUCGAGGAUUAGUCAGGUGUGCCUGAAGGAGGAAGAGGAGGAGGGAGAGGAGGAGAGCGCGGAUGCGGACGUAGCCGUGGGGGAACAGAAGGUGACGGAUAUACAGCGGGUGUCCAUAGACGCUAACGAGCGCGUCGAGGCGGUGCCCUCCUCUGUCGUUUCGGGGUCGAAGUUAAAUGACAUCUGCACCGCGGAGACUUUGCAGGGCGCAAAUUGCCUCGCCAUCAAAGAGGGCGAGAUCUUUCAGGAUAAAAGCGAGGAGGCCUCUUUGGAUCUAGUGUUUGAACUCCUGACCCAGCUCCAGUAUCACACGCAUCAAGCGGACGCUGUAUCGAUCUGUGUGGAUUUCCUCCAGGGCGUCUGCAUCUACGGCAGCGACUGCGCCCACCAUCACACCGUUUUACCUUACCACUGGCAAAUCCACCGAGCAGACACGCAGAUCUGGCAGAGCAUAUCGGAUGACUCUCAAGAACAACUGGAGCGGCUUUAUUGCAACCCAGACAAUGAACAUAUCAGACUUAAGUUUCUCGGUCGAGUGUUUACGUUGGACUUCAGUGCCAUGCGAGUGUGUGACCUGGAGUUUGACCUCGUCAGGCGUUUGUCCACGCCCCCUAGCAACGAAACCACGCCCACAACCACAAGCCCCACCCCUGACUGCCUGUCCGUGUGGAAGUACUACUGUAGAGAUAACUUCGGCUGGAGGGAAUAUUCAGAGCCGGUGGUUCGGUUGAUCGAGGAGGCGAGCGGUCGAGGUCUGAAGGAGGUCCGCUUCAUCACGCUGCAGAAUCAGUACAUCCUGAACAUUCACGAGGGCUUCCAGCAAAAUGCUGUUUUCGGUUUCCGCCGGCAGAUCAAAAAACGCCCGCUGUUCCGGUCCUCCAUCAUGCUCACGCCUUACCUCCAGACUCUCGGUGGCCUUUCCUCAACAUUUCUCUCCUCCCUGGAAAGUUCUGGAAACCAGCCUCUCUCUCCGACGUCAAGCACUCCCUCCAAAUUGUACCCUGAGACUUGGUUACCCAUGAACACCAGUCAGGACUACCUGCAGGUGCCCGUGUCCCGGGAUGACCGCAGCUACCGGACCGUUUACAGCCUCUUCCACAAGACCGUGUCUGAGACCAAGUUCCGCAUCCUGAAGAUUCUCCGUGUCCAAAACCCCUUCCUAUGGGAGAAGUACAAAAGGAAGAAGGAGUACAUGUCACGUCGCAUGUCUGAGAUGGACCGCAUGCUGAACGAACGUCACCUGUUCCACGGCACGUCCCAGGAUGUGGUGGACGGCAUCUGUAAGCACAACUUUGACCCGCGCGUGUGCGGAAAGCACGCCACCAUGUUCGGCCAAGGCAGCUACUUUGCGCGCAAGGCUGUCUAUUCCCACAACUUCUCCAAGCGCUCGCCCCGCGGUGUGCACUACAUGUUCCUGGGCAAGGUGUUGACGGGCAAGUUCACCGUGGGCAACCCUUCCAUGCGCCGCCCACCCCCUCUGAAUCCAAGAGACGCCUCCAGCGACCUAUUUGACUCCUGCGUGGACAACUGGAUGGACCCACAGAUCUUUGUCAUCUUCAAUGAUGAUCAGAGUUAUCCGUACUUCAUCAUUCAGUAUGAAGAGGUGAGCAAUACAGUGGCUAUUUGAAGAGCGCUGCACAUCUGGAUACCUGCACACGAGACUUGAGACUUGUGCGCACGUUCGGCCAGUUCGAAAGGAGACGGAAGUGGUUGUGCGCCGGCACUCUGAAUGGAAAUCAUGGAUCAUAUGGGAUGCAUUUGGAUAUGGUUCCCACCCUCAAUCCCGUGUGAGGGUUUCUGUGUGACCUUUCAGUGCCCAUCUUCUCAUACCCCUGUGAAUACAAAUGGGGAUUGUGUGUAUGUGUGUGUGUGUGGACGAGUGUCUCUGCUAUGGCUUUUUUGGCUGACCAUGGAUUGGGACGCGCUUUAGUAAGAGGCCCGUCGAUUGCUUGCCAGUCGGACUCGGAAGCUGUCGCCGCAGCUUCGCAUUCUUAUAAUUUUUUCCCAAAAGACUCACCGUUUCCCAUUGCUGCCAUUCACGUUCCAUACUUGCUAUUCGUUCGAAGUUGUAAAUAUGUUCUCCUUGUUUAUAUUUGAACUGUGUGCCUUUUGUUCAUAAAUAAAUUGUUUAUUUAUGUUAGUCAAUGUAACAAGUAAAUAAAAACAAUUUAAAGAGAA